CUGAGGUAUGCAAUACGAUUCAAGAGCGGAUCUUAAUAAGCACGAGGUGAAAUUCUGUACAUCAAGUCAGUACGGGAAUAUCCAGGCGUUAGAAAAAUAAGUUAUAUGACCUCGGGCAGGAUAAUAUGAAUGAUCCAAAGCUCGGUAUAAAGGAUGUAAGUGCCUCUUCCCACAACGCAUGUCCUAUCUCGAAUCGAUUCCUUGUUUAAUAACCUGCUGUAUAGAUUAGAUCAUAUUUAAGAGGUGAUGACCCCACUGGGGACCUGAACAAAGCAGCUCUGAGUAGACUCUCCUUAGGAGAAGUCAAGGAUUAUUUCGACAAUAAGAAUAAAAUCCUUGAUAACAAAAAUCUCUAUGACCAGAAGAAGAAAGGGAUGGAAUAUAAAGACCAGAUUCAAGAGAUGAAGAACCGCAAACACCUCCUUCGUCUCCAAGAGGAAGAUACUAAUGAAGAAGUUAUGGAGUUACUUAAAGAACUUGAAAAAGCAAAGGAAAAAGAACUCCGGGCAGAAAUUGAUAAAGAAGAGAUUAAACAAGCCAUAAAAGAUAUGGAUCACUCAGCCCUCUCCCAUGCUGAUAGACAGAAAAAGAGGGAACUUGAAAAGCUAUCUUCUGAACGAGAAAAUCUCAGGAUUCGUGAACAGCAGAUGAUCGAUGAAGUCAAACGAAUGGAACAAGAUAUGAUUAACAAAGAGAAAAAAUUUAGAGAAGAAGCCGACGAAGCCAGAAAAGUCAACAAUGAUGACAUCUUCGCGAUCAAUGAGAUAAAGAAGAAAGAACUAGAGAUGGCCAAACAGAGAGGAGAUACUGUAGUUAAGUUACAACAUAAGAGACAAAUGUUGGAGAAGGAAAGAAAUAGAAUUAUGAAGGAUCUUGAUCAUGUAACGCAUGGGUAUGGUGGGGACACUAGACCAAAAUCAAGCCUCUCAAGUGCAGGAGAGGACAUCAUGAGGAAUACUCGAGAUUUCGAUAGGGCUGAUAUUGACCCGGCUAUGAAAGAUAAGAUUAUAGCAGAUCAAGUAAAAAUCAAUCAUCUUCGAGAACAACAGCAGAAAACUAAUCACCAAAUGAUGAACUUUGAUGAGCUUGAUAUGUUAGAAGAAGAUGUGAACAACAAAAUAAGAAGAGAUUAUCCAAGGACUGCAAAAAUACCAAAUAAUGAACCUGCAGCCCCAAUGAGUUUUCCUCAAUCUGAAGUAAAAAUGCCCAAUGAGAUGAAAACUCAACUUCCUCCAAAAGCAAAGGAUAGUGAAAAUAUAGCAGAUGGUUUGGCAGAUCUUAACAAAUCUUAUGUUAAUAAUGGAGGAGACGAUCCUAAUUUUAUCAAGAAAGUUAACGACCUAAACGAUUUUAUCAAAAAUAGAGCUCCUCAAAAGGUAAAAGAAGGGUUAGGAUACGAAGAAAAUUCCGCUAAGAUAGCAGAUCAUCCAAUGCCACUAGCAGCGCCUCCUGCUCCAGGGAUGGUUCCACCAUAUGGAGCACCACCUUAUGGUGUACCUCCGUAUGGCGCACCUCCGUAUGGCGCACCUCCGUAUGGCGCACCUCCGUAUGGAGGGCAUCCAUACGGUCAUCCUCCAGCAUAUGCUAACAAUCCUAAUUUGAUGUACAUGGACUCCAUGGUCAAGCAAAUUCAAGAUGAAAACAAAAAGCUGGAGGAAGAACUUGAGAAAAUCAAUAACGAUGAUUAUGACUUCGAAAAUCUGGCUCAAAAUGCAGCUGGAGAGGUUGAAGCUCUCAAGAACCAACUCCUCCCAGGAGGAGUUCCUGAGGAAGAACCAUUCCCUGAAAAUUUUAUCUUCAGACAGAACGACUUCAGGUCUGAAGACCUGGAGGUUGAAGAGAGAGCCUUAAUGAAUAUUGCAGCUCAAGAAUAUGAUCAUCUUAGAUUGCUUUCAAGACUUCCAGUUAAUUCUGAAUUAUACCGAGUAAAAAUGGAUCAAUACAAAGAAUUGAGCACAAUGCGUGCAGAGGUAGAAAAAGUACUUCAAGAGCAAAGACUUGAAAAGAUUAGAAGAGAUUAUGAAAAACAGAAAUAUGAAGACGAAAGAAAGUAUAAUCAUGAGAGGUGGAUGGAAGAGCAGAAAAGAGAGAUCUUAGCAGCUAAGUUAAGAAGAAAUGCAGAAGGAGGAGAUACUGGAUAUCAACCUCCUGGAGAUCAGACUAUGACAUACCCAGGAGCUGACUUUAAUGCACCAGAUACUCAGAAUUAUAUGAAUACUGCUAACCAGCCUCCACCAACCGGCCAAUUCCCUCCAAAGACUGCUAUGCCUAACACUGCUGCAGCUCCAGAAGAAGAAAAGAUUUAUGACCCAAAAGUAGGAUUCCUUGUCUUCUUUGAUUCUGUUGCAAGGAUCCCAAGAGAGCAUAAUGGAAUGCAAAUUGUAUAUGGAUGCUACAAUAAUGGUAGAGGCUUAACAGACAACAGAGUAGUUUCUUAUCAGGAUAAAGAAGCUGAUCCUGAAGCUCCAGAGAUGAACAGAGUCGUCUACGAUGUAGGAAAUCAAGUAAAGCAUAUCUCUCCUCACCCAAGUGCAAAUAUGGUUAUUGAGUGACAAGUGCCAGAUAAGAGUGUAAAAUCAGGUCCAAAUAAGUUCAAAGCAUUUGGAUGGACGGUUUUAAAUUUAUUUGAUUAUACUUAUGAUUUCCACACUGGAGAGUUUAGGCUCCCUUUAUAUACAGGUGAAACUCUUUCAGAUAUAGAUGCAAGAGAUAUUAACACUUUGCAACCUCUUCAGGAUACUUUCAUUUGUAUGAGACUUGCAGUACCUGGAGAUAACAUUGCUACAUCUCAAUAUUUGCCCGAAAAAGAUACGAAUGAAUAUCGGAUUCCCUCGAUACAUCAGGUUGAGCAUGUGCAUCAACCUUUCAAACCAAACCCUGAUUUUGGAGAUGAUUAUGGUCAAAAUUAUGACCAACCAGAUACUUAUCAGCCUGCUCCUCAACCUCGAGCGGGAGGUAACGACCAAGCAAUGAUUCCAAUGAGACAACCUAAUCGAAAGAUUCCUACAGAAAAGGACCCAUUCUACAGAUGCAAUGGUGCUAAUGUGUUUAUUCAUUAUGUGAAGCAAUUCCCAUCCCAAAACUCUAUUAAAGUUGGAGCGACUAUCCUUGAAGAAGACAAAGUUGUCAGGAUUGGGCAUGACCAAAGGGAAUGCAACUGGGCUUCAUAUCCCAUAGAUGCUGGCAAAGUUCUGAUGGCAAAAUGGAAGAAUACAGCACAAGUGCAACCAGACGGGGCACCUAUUAUUGACAGAACUAAGGAUGAGGAAGAUCAGUACAUGGUCGGUCAUAGAAAAAUUGGCUAUAAUAAAGAUUCAGAAGACAUAUUAGUGCCUAUUAAUAGUGAAGUCAGCUGGGAACAUGACUUUUACAAAAUGAUCUGGGAUAAAAAUUUAAGAAAUGAACUAUUUCUAGUCAUAACUCUUAUGGAAGCUUCUGUUGGAUUGAAUAAAAGAGUUCAUCCUUCUUCGCAUGAAUAUGUUGCUGUCGGAUAUGGAUCAAUUAAACUAAAUCACCCAGAUGGAACUUUAAGGUACGGAACAUUUGAUAUUCCUCUGUAUCAUCCUCCUCCAAAGAUCAGAAAUCAUGAUCCAGAUAAGUUGAUGAGGUCUUCGAUCAAAAUCACAGUAUCCCAGCCAUUACCUUCAAUGCCUCAGAUGGAGCCUUAUAAGGAUAAACCUUUGAAGCCAGUUCCAGGGGCACCUGCUCAGAUGCCAAAAGAUAUGCCUAUGCUUAACCCUCCUCCUAAUAGACCUCCUGAAGAUGCUCCAUUUAUUCCAAAUGAUAGGGAGCAGUACAGCCCAGAUAAAUUUGAUAAAAAGGAUGGAAUUGAUAUCUAUAUUGACACAGGAAGAUUCUUCCCUGAAAAUGCAAGCUAUAGCAGAAUCGUCAUGCAUUGCAUUACAAUUAAAGGCAAACAAGUCUUAAGGCCUGAGGUUAUACAGCCAGAUAUUGUCGCUAGUACUUCAAGAGAACCAUUCUAUGGAAACAGAAGUGAGAUUAGAGUUAGCAAAAUGGAUCCAACUUCAAUAAUAGUCUUAACUAUUGACACAUUUGAUUUAUCUAAAGGCCAUACAGUUAUAGUAGGCCAUGCUUGAAUGCCUCUCUUCAUUGAUAACACUACUAGAUCUCCAUGAAUAAAUCCUAGAUGCACAGAUUAUGGAUUAUUAGAUGGUGACUACCAAAUUCCAAUUCAAAUGCAGUUUGUCAAGAAUCUCAAGAAUUCAACAUAUAAAGAUUUCCAAGAUUGAGAAAAGAUUCCAGCUGCAUCUUUACUAAUCAGAAUCAGAAAGGCUGCAAAGGAUGCUAAAGGAAGACCUCUAACUUUUGGAGCAAAGAUUAGCAUCGAAGAAGCAAAGAAUAAAGGUAUUAUUGACCCUCCAAAGCCAUAUUCUGAUGGAGAUUACAACACCUCUUUCUGUAAAGUAAGUGCAACAGAAAGUGUCAUUAUGGAGGCAAAAUUAAAGAGGCCAUCUCCAAAUACAAGAGAUGUUUUAACUGCUCUUAUCAAUCAACAUUCUAAAGAAGAGAAAAAGCUAAGUGACACUGAAAUUAAGGCUUAUGUUGAGAAGAAUUUUAUGGUUCCUCCAAUAAAGAGUUUCUCUGAUUUAGGAAGGAUCUCCUAUCUUGAUAAAAAAUUCUUCUCUGAGUAUAUUCCUCAGCUAGGUUUUACAUCCAGUGUUGAUUUUCUUCUCCACUCUAAUCCAAAAUCAUUGUAUUAUAUCGUAUGCAGUCUUGCUCCCCCAGGAAGAUUGUAUAUGAACGAUAGGAGAACUCUGGGGUUAGAAGACACCCAUGCUGCUACUGAUGUGCAAACAACUUAUAAAAUUGAUUUUGAAAGUCCUCAAAAAGCUAUUACUUUUUCAGAUUCGAAGCAUAACUUCUAUGUUACCCAACCCAAUGCAACUAGUGUUCUUGUGUAUGAAAUUUUCGAAGUUAAACUUUCCAAAACAGGUAUCAAAAAAGUUGAAAAUUAUGGGUUCUCAAUCUUACCAAUUUUCGAAUUUCUUGAAACAACUGGAAAUGGAGAGAACCUCGAAAUCUACCUAAACACUGAUAUUCAUCAGUUGAUGAUAUUUAAAGGAAAGCCAACAGCUGAAUUCUUAGAAGAUAUGACCUCGAGAGAUAACUUCACGAGUACUCUUGGGAACAAAAUCUCAAAUAGAGAGAUAACACCGUUGCCUAAAUCUACACUAAUAGUGAAACUCCAUGAUAAUCAGUUUGAAAAGAUAUUUACGAACGCUGAAGCUUCAUAUAAUAUUCUGAAUCAGAACUAUAUGCUUGUGAAGAAUCCUAAGAAUCUCAAAUUUACGUAUAAAAAGGACUAUCUUACGAACAAAUCUAACAAGUUGAUCAAGAUCUUGGGCAAGAACUACUCAAUGGCUGAUUAUGAAACACAGGUGUAUGAAUACAUUAGCCUUUAGAUCC